CUGUCUUGCAGUAGUAACCUGUAACGUCUCUCGUAUACGGACACCAACGGAAUGGCUUCCUUUCUUGUUUAAUUACUCACCUGCCCUUUCGUCCUUUCCUCCUCAUUUUCACCAAACUGAUCUUUGCAUCCAUGUGCCCGUGUAAUAAAAGGGUUGAAGAUCGUCUCAAGACGUUAGUUAUUGUAUUUUAAAAAUGUUUUUGAAGAAGAUUUGUUUUUUUUAUCUUAAUAUUUUUUGUUUUUGUAGAUUGUUUUGAGAUGUGGAUGAUAAAAAUAAAUUUUAAAAAAUAAAUAAUGAUAUAUUUUCAAAUAAUUAUAUUUUGUUUUUGUAGUUUUUGUUGCUGGUUGGUGAGAUUUCAAAAAAAAUAACUCUCUUUUGGUAGAUUGAUGCAUUAAUCAUUUAUACUAAACUUUACUUUUGAUCCUCUCCUGUUUUACUUGAUGAAAAGAAGAUGAGGUCUCCUGCAGGCAUUAAUUAGAGGGGGGAGGCCUUUGUGGUCAAUUCAGAGCUGGUUAAAAAACACAAACAUGGCAUUGCAGGGAAAAAGCACAAGCUCAAGCACAAGAUGGCAUGGUGGAUAUUAAGAAAAAAAGUAAGGACAAAUUGACAAAAGAGAUGGGCAAAGGUCAUUAUCAUGAAGACCCGGUUUGUCUCCUCAGAAGUGGAUCUUCGCACGUUAUGGUUGUCAAACACUUUUAAAACUCUUCCUCUUCCUCCUCCAGUCCAGAGAGAGUGAGAGAAGUUUGUGCUUUUCUCUAUUUGAUUUUCGGUUUUUUUCUUCAAGAAUAUAAAAUUUUGAGGGACAGAGAGAGAGAGAACCGCCAGCACUUGGCAUAUGCUUUCCCUGCACACUAGAAACAACAACAAUAAUAACAGUAUUUACACCAACCCAACCGACUCCCUAACUCUCUCUCUCUCUCUCUCUUUCUCUCUCCUUUAAAGCUUCUCUCUACAAUUUGAUUCUGGAUUCUUUCCGACUCUGUCUAUGGAGCCAACAGUUGUUUAUAGCUUGAAAAGAUAAGAAAAACCAUCCCUUUUGAGCUGUGUUUUUUUUAUACAAAACUGUGUUCUUUCUGUUACUCUGUCUCUUUUUCUUUGAUUUUAAGCUAAAGCUUUGAGAUUUGGGGAAGGGCCAGUUUGGUAUCACGAGAAUGAACAUUUUUGGUAGGGAAGGAAGUAAACUUUUUGGGUUUUGUUUGCAGCUUAAUGAAACAAACAUUUGUUUUCUUGUUUCUAAAUUUGUUUUCAAGUACUGAAGUUCAAUUUAAAUGGUUGAUUAGAGUUUUUGGAAUUGUUUUCAUCAAUGUUUGAAUACGUGAAAACUGCAUGUUUUCGAAAUGUAGUUGAGUGAGAAACAGUUUCUAUGCAUGCAAGUUCAGAUUUUUCCUUAUCAGUCACGUACAAAUUAAGUUUUUAGUCUAAAUUUAGAGGCUUUUUUGUUUCUACAUUGGGUUCUAUAGGCUAAAGGGUUAAAUAUCUGAUGAUUUUGUUAAAAUUUGGUUCAAAUCCAUGAGGAAUCUAAACUGGUUUAAGCAAAGCUCUAACAAUGGAAAAUCAGAGAGGAGGCUGUCUCUUGGAGAAUAUAAGAGAGCAGUUUCUUGGUCCGAGUAUUUGGUUUCAUCUGGGGCAGAGAUUAAAGGAGAGGGAGAAGGAGAAUGGAGUGCAGAUAUGUCUCAGUUGUUUAUUGGUAACAAAUUUGCAUCAGGGAGGCAUAGUAGGAUUUAUAGAGGGAUAUAUAAGCAAAGAGAUGUGGCAGUCAAGCUUGUAAGUCAGCCUGAGGAGGAUGAGAGCAUGGCUGCAAUGCUUGAGAACCACUUCAUUUCAGAGGUAGCUUUGCUGUUUAGGUUAAGGCAUCCUAAUAUCAUCACCUUUGUUGCAGCUUGUAAGAAACCUCCUGUAUUUUGUAUAAUCACUGAGUAUUUGGCCGGGGGCUCAUUGAGAAAAUUUCUCCAUCAGCAAGAGCCACAUUCAGUUCCUCUCAAUCUAGUCCUGAAAUUAGCCCUUGAUAUUGCACAUGGGAUGCAAUAUCUCCAUUCACAGGGGAUACUUCACAGGGAUCUCAAAUCUGAAAACUUACUGCUUGGAGAAGAUAUGAGCGUCAAAGUUGCUGAUUUUGGUAUUUCCUGCUUGGAAUCUCAAUGUGGUAGUUCAAAGGGAUUCACAGGUACAUAUCGAUGGAUGGCUCCUGAAAUGAUCAAAGAAAAACGCCACACGAAGAAAGUUGAUGUCUACAGUUUUGGCAUAGUCCUAUGGGAGCUCCUCACAGCAUUGACACCUUUUGACAACAUGACUCCAGAACAAGCUGCAUUUGCAGUCUGCCAAAAGAAUGCAAGACCACCAUUGUCACCAAAAUGUCCUCUGGCUUUUAGUCAUCUCAUUAAUCGAUGCUGGUCGAGCAAUCCAGGCAAACGACCACAUUUUGACGAGAUAGUUGCGAUCUUGGAAAGCUAUUCGGAGUCCCUGGCGCAGGAUCCAGAAUUUUUCACAUCCUACAAACCUCCCCCUAAUCAUACUAUUUUGAGGUGCUUCCCAAAAUUUAUUGCAGGCCGUCGGUCCGCCUCUGUACAAGCCUAGGAACUUGAGUUACAUUAUGUGCAAUGAAAUAUGCACGUACCAUAUUGUUUUCUAGGUUUGUUGUUGUUAGGAGCUUAUGUAUUUCCUUGUGCAUCAAAUAUGUUGGAACAAAAGCAUGUAUUAUGGACCACAUUUUUCCAUUAAACUUGUUUCUUUAUAUUUCUACCAAGAAGAUGUUUAUAAGACCUUAAUGAUUGCUCCCAGUUCUUCA